UCUUGGGGGUUGCGCAGACGAUGGAAGGGAUGUCUAGGUCACCACCGGCCGGGAGUUACAGUAACGGUCACCACCACAAGCAGCAAGGCGGCGGCACCACCACACAAAGGGAUCAUUUCAGGUCCAGGAAGUCCCGUCAGACCGGUGGUAGGGUUCCCAGUGGGCAGCAGGAGACGGAGGCGCCUCCUUGUACGGAUUUUGAUAAGGCUUACUUUCAAUCGUACUCCCACGUCGGUAUUCACGAAGAGAUGAUCAAGGUUCCCAAGACUCCAUCUAACAGUGUUGUGGAUGAAACUGGAUGUUGUUCGACAUGGUUUUGGAUCGUGUGCGGACAGAAACUUACAGGACAGCCAUUUUACAACAUCAGAGACAUAUUGAAGGCAAAGGUAGCAUUUAGGAGAUGCACAAUCCCUUGGGUUGUUGUAGAUGUUGGUUGCGGCACAGGCAUCCUCUCAAUAUUUUGUGCUCAGGCAGGCGCAAAGCGAGUUUAUGCAGUGGAUGCCAGUGAGAUAGCUUUGCAGGCAAAUGAAGUUGUCAAGGCAAAUAACCUCUCUGACAAAGUCAUUGUUUUACAUGGACGUGUUGAGGAUGUUCAAAUUGAUGAAGAGGUUGAUGUUAUAAUUUCGGAGUGGAUGGGUUAUAUGCUUCUCUAUGAGAGCAUGCUGGGGAGUGUUAUUGUUGCCAGAGACCGCUGGUUAAGACCUGGCGGUCUCAUUCUUCCUUCAAAUGCCGUGCUGUACAUGGCCCCUGUUACACAUCCUGACAGAUAUGCUGAAAGUAUUGAUUUCUGGCGCAAUGUGUAUGGGAUUGACAUGUCUCCAAUUUUGCCAUUGGCAAAACAGUGUGCCUUUGAAGAGCCAUCUGUGGAGACGAUCAGUGGAGAAAAUGUUCUCACGUGGCCACAUGUGGUCAAGCAUGUGGAUUGCUAUACAAUCAGAAUUCAGGAGUUAGAAUCUGUUACAACAAAAUACAAGUUUCAAUCUAUGAUGCGAGCUCCUUUUCAUGGGUUUGCAUUUUGGUUUGAUGUUGAGUUUAGUGGACCCGCUAACAAUGAUGCACCAUCCGCGGUUGAGGAGUCCCCGGAAACAACGGCUUCUGUUAGUCAUCGAAGGAAGCGGGCUAAUCCCGAUGAAGCACUUGUUCUCUCCACUGCACCUGAGGAUCCACCGACACAUUGGCAACAGACGAUGAUAUACUUCUAUGAUCCAAUAGAUGUUGAGCAGGAUCAGGUUAUUGAAGGCUCCGUUACAUUAACACAAAGCAAAGAAAACGCUCGGUUCAUGAACAUUCAUCUUGAAUAUGCCUCGGGUGGCCGUUCCUUUGUAAAAGAAUGCGUGUUACGUUGAUUUUGUCAGAAUCGAGAUUGUAGUUUCACUUUUCGGCUGCUGAAAGCUUCGGAUGGUCUAACAGGUUUUGGGGCUUCGUUGCUUUUCACCAUGAAGCCUUGAAAGAAUAGUCUGUGUUUGUGUGUUUGUAGGUAGGUAGAAAUGUAGGCGCGAUCUUGUAUGGAUUUCAUGUCGAUCUGCUGAUUUAGCUUUUUCGACAUGAGAUGGUUUUUCUGGUGAUGUAGGGUUUAAGCUGCACUUUUUUAUAUGGCAUAACUGUAAAAGACCAAAGGGGUACAUGUUGACAUCUCUAUCUAUUAUUUCAUACAUUAUUGAGGCAAAGAAUUUUUAC